AUGACCUUAACCACCUCCUUGGACGAGCAAGAAUCAGACUUUAAUGAGGCACAUCCCUCCAGCAAAGCCAAAUCCGACAUUCCUGAGAUUCCUGCCAGUUCUAAUACUCGAGCAUCACGUGGCAAGCCCAAGUCCCCAUCAGAGAAAACUCCUACCAGGAGACCUUCAUCGAUCACGGCUGCACUUUGGACCCAGAGGGGUUCCCUCUCCUCCCUAAUGGUGAUACAAUCUAUGUCAGGCCCACAAAAGCAACCAUUAUCAACUUUGGGAAUGUGGGAUUUGUCAAAUGAAUUGGCACCGAGUAUCGCUCAAAAGGCGCCUGGAAGCUCAAGCGGAUAUAUUGCCUUGGCUCGCUUGCGUGUGACUUAUCUCAAUGCAGGAUGGGCUGUCUUGCACCACAAAUGCCACCACAAUCACCCUUGGCCAGAGGCUAAGAAGCCUGACAAACUCGCCAAAGAGACCCUCAAGAAAGAAAUCAUGAAGAAUCCAAAGGCUGGAGCGUUGGCUCUGAAGCUGGGUAAGCCGAAUGCCCCAAAGGAUCCGUUUGACAGUGUCAUCAAUAUACACUUGUCGUUUGGAAACGCUGACCAACUCAGAUACUAUCGGAAGCUAAUGCUUCAAGAGAUGAGAAUCACACCAGAUUCUUUGGGUGGAGGGGUGGGAGACAAGUUCAUAACAGAUAUGUUCAUGUGGUCAAAACGAGGCCUGCUCAUUACGUCCUCAUCAUUCAUGGACGGUUCUGAACACUUUACAUUCCAAACAGAAUGGAUGAGACAACGGCUGGUGACGCGGGACUUUGACAACAACCCAUACAGUGGUGGCUUAGUUUUGGAUGUUACCUAUCACUUCUUUGAGAACGUAUACCUCUUGUCGACCUCGAUGUAG